CUUUUGUUUCCAAGGGUGGGAAGGAAUUUGAGGUGUGAAUGGUCAUUAACAUAUAUCUUUUGUUUCCAAGGGUGGGAGAGGUCGGAGGUGUGAAUUGGUCAUUACAAUGUGUGUGACAAGCUUGGUAGGAAUAUCCUGUGUACAGUGUUUUGUCCAUUUGAGUACCUUGAUGAAAAAAGGCUGUGGACAGCAUCUGGAAAUGGAAGAGUUAAAAAAAUUUUUCAAAUGUUUAUAAAUGUGUUAACCGCGUUUAGAAGCGUUUGAAACUUUGAUAAAAUCUACUGCUGAACGCAAG